AUGGCCUCCUCGCAAUCUCCGUCCUUCCCUCUCCUCCUCCCCUUCUUCCUCUUUGCCACUGUUGCCAUUGCGAGAAGCACCCAUGAACACAGAGAGAAGAUAACGCAUCUCCGCUUCUACUUUUACGACUACUACGGUGGCUCGAACGCGACGACCGUCAGCGUCGUCAGCCCUCCCGGCAACAACACCUUCGGGAGUAUCGGGGUGGGCGAAAACAUACUGAGGGAAGGUCCCCAGUCGAGUUCCAAGCUCAUCGGGAAAGCGCAGGAGCUUACUGUUCAGGCAUCCUUGGAGAGUCCGGCCUACCUCUCGGCGCUGAACUUCGUGUUCACCGCCGGAAAGUACAACGGGAGCAGCUUCUCCAUCUUCGGCAGGGCGGUGCUGACGGAGCCGAUAGAGCGGGGCAUCGUCGGGGGCACCGGCAAGUUCCGGAUGGCCCGGGGCUACACCAUCAGCAGGCUCAUCAAGUCGACUGGAACUACCCAAAUGGAGCUUGUCAUGGCGUACGAUGCUUACGUCUUUCACUGCUGAUGAGCUGCCUUCUGCUGCUGUUUGUUGCAAUUAAAGCUGCUCUGCUUGCAGCUUAUUCUACAGUAGUCCUAUGUUCUUUCUCUUUGAUACCGGAACGCUGCCAUUGGCUCGUCUACUCUAUCUUCUCUUGGUACCAAGUGAUUAAUAAGAAACGUCUGCUACAGUAGUACUUUGUUCUUU